GCUUGCCAGCGUAUUCCGUACUUGUGAUUUCAGCUGCUGCACGCGAGUACUGCAACACAAUUGCGAAUUUCCCAACUCGAAUUUAUGGAUGAUCGGCAAUGGUAUUUUAUUAACCUGCUGUAAUCCUCUGGCAUCGAGUGUCACCAAAAUCAUGACUGCAGCGGAUCAACUACACCGGUCGCAUUAUUGGCACGAACGAUUACCGAAAUGAAGCAAAAGCAAAUCAAAUCCAAUUUAUCUCUACGGUAAAGCUACCUAGGUAUUUACUAGGGUACUAAUUGGCUGGCGACGUGACUUUAUACUCGCUAGCUCUUUAUUGAAGCUCAUGAUGUUUUAUGCCUAUUUUGCUAGACUAGCUAGCAAUGGCAAAACUCAACUCGCAGCAAGUCAUGACAGCGCCGCAGCCGAACAAGACCAAAAACGCAAGCCUCUCGGCACGCACACAAGUACCUACGGAUGCAAUUACCCUUACCGCUGAUUGAUGUUACUGGAUCGAUAACAAAAUCUUCCCACUGGUGACGUCAAAUUCAGCUCGGCAUCUGGGCGCCAAGUAUGCCAGCAUGCCAGCUUCCGCCUCAAUUCGCAAAGACAGUUGGGUCUCGUCGUCUUGGCAAACAAAGUGAGACCGCCAGCCUAGAAUCUUGGACAUUGGCAGUCACGUCAGAAUCAUGCACUCACCUGUCGCUGAAAUCAACUACAUCGCCGGCCCGUGCCGUUCUGCUCUGAUCAUGUUGGCCUUCCUCCCAUCUUUCUUUUCGAAGCGGAGCAGAUUACCGUCUUUGCAAUAGACCUUGCCCAGUAGCAACCUGUUCAGAAAGACCAUCGUCGUGAGACUCACAUCCGGGUCCCGUUUCUGUAGUCUGCCCACGCAAUGGCCAAGAGCACAACUACCGAUGGCGAAAAUGUAAAGGCAAACAGUGAGAACGGCAGCACUGCUGCCGCCUCUCCCAACGACGAACAUGUCAAGAUUGAGCCUUCGACCAAGGACAAGGGCGAAGACAAACCCAAGGCUGCUGAUGCCAGAGAUGACGGCUCAGAAGCUGAAGCCCGGGCUGAUCAACACCCAGAGAAACCCGCGCAAGCCAAUGGCCCCGAAACGGCUGAUGGCGACCACCACCCAUUUGCAAACAGCUACCAGGUCGACAGCGCCAGGGCCGCCGAUGACCCGAAUGUAGUGUACCUGCGAGACGACGAGAUCGAGACCUUUCUCGAUGAGCUAGACCACAAUGGCGACGGCUGCAUCGACUACUCGGAAGUGGAACGCAAGCUGGACGAGGUGCACGACGAGCUCGCCCCGACGGCCCAACCGCACCAUCUCCACCACGACAGCAAGCAAGACCGCGAGCGGCACGUGUUCCUGCGCUCCGUCAUCGGGUCCGACCAGGACCGCAUCCCGCGCGCCGACUUUGCCCGCGUGGUCAAGAGCUGGCGGGUCCCGUCCAUGAAGCAGGAGGGCGACAAGAAGGACGACCAGGACAAGUACCUCCGCGACAUGUCCACCUUUAGGCGCGUGCGGGCGUACUGGGCCGUCCACGGGCCCGAGAUCGCCUUCCUCGGCAUCGUGGUCGGCCUGCAGCUCGGCCUGGGCAUCUGGCAGUGCCACAAGUACGCCUCGGGAGAGCAGUACCAGGCUGCUUUCGGCUGGGGCGUCGCCCUGGCCAAGCUGUGCGCCGGCGCGCUGUAUCCGACGUUUUUCUUUUUGAUCUUGAGCAUGUCCCGAUACUUUUCGACCUUUUUGCGUCGGAGCUACCACCUGAGCCGCUUCAUCAACUGGGACCUUUCGCAAGAGUUCCACAUCAAAAUCUCCAUCGUCGCUCUGGUCCUCGCCAGCCUGCACGCCCUGGGCCAUCUCAGCGGCACGUUCAACUGGGGCAGCCGGCCCGAGAGGCAGGACGCCGUCGGGGUUCUCUUGGGAGAGGAUCAGGUGCCUCGCCCCUACAGCGCAUACGUGUCGUCCCUCCCCGGCAUCACGGGCCUCACAGCGCUGGGGCUUUUUUACACUCUGGCGCUGCUGAGCAUGCCCCAGGUGCGGCGGUGGAACUACGAGGUGUUUCAGCUCGCGCACCUGCUCAUGUUCCCCAUCAUCGGGCUUCUGGCGGCGCACGGAACGGCGCAGCUUCUCCAGUACGCAAUGUUUGGCUACUGGCUGGCCGUCCCGACGAUCCUCGUGCUGACGGAGCGGCUUGUGCGCGUCGGCACGGGGUUCCACCGCAUCCCGGCGUCGCUCAAGGUCCUCGACGACGAAACGGUGGAGCUGCGGGCCACGAUCCCGAGCGAGCGCAUCUGGAAGUACCAGGCCGGCCAGUGGGCGUACCUGCAGGUCCCGACCAUCAGCAUGUGGCAGUGGCACCCCUUCACCAUAUCGGUCUGCGUGGGCAAGGAGAUGCGCAUGCACAUCAAGACGGACGGCAACUGGACCGGGAGGCUGAGGGACCUGGCCAAGGACGCCCCGCAGGGCCAAGAGGUCGACAUCGAGAUUGGCAUCAACGGGCCGUUUGGUGCCCCCGCCCAGCGCUUUUACGACUUCAACCACACCAUCCUGGUGGGCGCGGGCAUCGGCCUCACGCCGUUUUCUGGGAUCCUGGCUGAUCUCCAGGCGAAGGAGGAUAGGCUGCACGGCGGGCCGACGCAGAAACUGCAGGAGCAGGCGGAAAAGGGGGGCGACGUGCGCGGCAGCACGUCGGCGGACGCUCCCGAUGGACGACGAAUCGGGACCAGCAGGGAAGCCGAGGCGAUGCCGCAGCGCACAGAUGUCGACAUGCAAGCGCCCACCAGCGGCGACCAGUCCAACACGACGCUGCAAGAAACCGCCGAUGCGGACUCGGACUCGGCGUCGUCCAUCUCGCGGCCCUCGAGCUCAUUCUCGUCCUUUGCCAGCGACUACCGCCGCGUCGACUUCCACUGGAUGGUGCGGGACCGCAACCACCUCCUCUGGAUCUCGGAGCUGCUCAACACGGUAUCGCGGUCGCAGGCGUGGCACCACCGCCACGACGCCCCCGGCGAGUACCACCUGGACAUCCGGAUGCAGACGCACGUGACGCAGAAGCGCAAGAACGUCAGCACGCACGUCUACCGGUGGCUGCUCGAGCAGCACCGCACCCCGGAGCACCCGGCCAGCCCCAUCACGGGGCUGAUCAACCCGACGCAGUUUGGGCGGCCGGACUUCGUGAGCAUCCUGGACAGGCACUACGACGACAUGAGGAAGUACAAGGCCGGGCUGGUCGCGAGGGCGUCGCGGGGUGGCGGCGGGGAGGACGAUGCUGCGAGCGUGGCUGACGACGAGGUCAAGGUCGGCGUGUUUUUCUGCGGCACGCCGAUUGUCGGUGAGAUCCUUGCCGAUCGCUGCAAGGCGCUGACCGCAAGGGGUAGGCACGAUGGCAGCAAGAUUGAGUAUCACUUUAUGAUUGAGGUUUUCAACUAGAGGUCGGAUGGUUGGUGUUGAUACCAAGGUAGUUGAGGGUUUGAGGAGUUGAGUCUCUGGCAGAUACGUUUCUGUAGUAAUGACUGCCUAGAAGAGUGCGAAUUGUUCAACUGUGGGUGUAUGUGUUUCGAAGCGGAGUAUAAACUCCGCCAUCUCAGGACUUGGGAGGCAGUCCUCUUCCCCAGGGUAGAUUUGUAUGGUAAUUAAUUACUCGACAAAACAUUGAGAGCCACAAAUGCAAAAACGAAC